AUGGAGAUACAUGUUAUAUUCUCUAAAUCAGUCGUUGCCGUGUCAAACGGGACAGUGAUCAGGCUGAAGCACAGUGAUGGUGGUUAUCCCUACAAUCAUACUCUUGCUCAUAUUCUUGUCGAAUACGUGUCUGCAGUGUACACGUCUGACUUAACAUCACUUUUCUUAUGGACCUGUCCAAGGUGCAAAGGCCACACAAAGGGUUUUGAGGUGAUAGAGAUCAUAGUAGAUGUGGAGAACUGCUUACAGGCAUUUGUUGGAGUUGCGCCUGACCCUCGAUCCAUAAUCAUUGCAUUUAGAGGCACUCAACAGCACAGUGUCUCAAAUUGGAUCAAAGAUCUUUUCUGGAAGCAGCUUGAUGUGACAUACCCAGGCAUGCCGGAUGCUAUGGUACAUCAUGGGUUUUAUACUGCAUAUUAUAAUACCACUAUGCGAUAUGAUAUCCUGAAGUCUAUUAAAUGGGCAAGAAAAACAUAUGGAAAUCUACCCAUAAAUGUUGUGGGACAUUCCAUGGGAGGGGCUUUAGCUUCGUUUUGUGCCCUUGACCUAUCUGUUACAUUUGGAUCAAAGGAGGUUGAGCUCAUGACUUUUGGACAGCCUCGGAUAUACUUUGGUGAACUAGUCCCAAGAACAAUCCGUGUGACCCAUCAGAAUGAUAUUGUGCCGCAUUUACCACCGUAUUAUUAUUACCUAGGUGAAUGGACAUACCACCACUUUGCUAGAGAGGUUUGGCUUCAUGAGAGCAUAGAUGGAAAUGUAGUUACCAGAAAUGAGACGGUCGGUCUAUGGGAUGAGCGUAGCAGAUCAUCUUGA